GCGGAUAGCUCUGUUGGAAUGGCUGUCAUAAUUUGGAGCAUUUUAUACCCUUAACUUUUUAGUGUAAUUUAAGGUCAAUUUAAGUUGUCACCUUGUGGAGGAAGAAAUUCUUUAGAGAAAAUAACUUUAUUUAACAAAUAGCCACAAUGGAUAAGGUAAUUUGCUCUUUGUUAAUCAGAAGUAAUCGAGUGAAAUGGACCGAAAGUAUUGUUAAAAAUGGCUACAAAACUUGUGUCAAAAGAUUUCAUAUUUCAUCAAGAUGUGAUGUAGAACUUACGAGCGUGCGUUAUCCGAAAUUGAAAAGGGGCAAUUAUUCCAAGGUGACUGAUGCAGAUGUUGCAAUGUUUGAAAGGAUUUUACCAGGUGCUGAAAGAGUUAUAACUGAACCAUCAGAACUAGAGGGUUACAACACAGAUUGGAUUAAGAACUGCAGAGGAGCUAGUCAACUUUUACUUAAACCAAAGACCACAGAUGACAUGUCAGCAAUAUUGAAAGUGUGUAAUGAAAGAAACUUGGCUGUAGUACCACAGGGUGGAAAUACAGGUCUGGUUGGAGGUAGUGUUCCUGUGUUUGAUGAGGUCAUCAUAUCAACACAACAAAUGAAUGAAAUCAUUAGUUUAGACACUCUCUCAGGUAUAUUAAUGUGUCAAGCUGGUUGUAUCCUUGGCAACUUAGACAACUAUGUCUCAGAACACAACCUAACUAUGCCAAUAGACUUGGGUGCCAAAGGCAGCUGUCAUAUUGGAGGUAACCUAGCAACCAAUGCUGGUGGUUUACGGUUGCUGAGAUACGGAUCUCUUCAUGGAAGUGUCCUAGGUUUAGAGGCAGUAUUACCUGAUGGUGAAGUUUUAGACUGCAUGUCAUCAUUAAGAAAAGAUAACACAGGAUAUGAUGUCAAACAGCUAUUUAUAGGUUCAGAGGGAACUCUGGGUAUAAUCACCAAGGCAGCCAUAUUGUGUCCACAAAAACCUCAGGCUGUCAAUGUAGCAUUUCUUGGUGUGGACAGUUUUUCCAGGGUACUUGAAGUUUUUAAAGAAACGAAGAAAAACUUAGCAGAGAUUUUGUCGGCAUUUGAAUUUCUGGAUGCAGAAUCUCUUCGAGUUGGUACAGACAAUCUAAAACUGACAAGUCCAAUCUCUGAUCAUCCUUUCUAUGUCCUUAUAGAAACAUCAGGUUCAAACAGUGCCCAUGACGAAGAGAAGCUGACCAAGUUUCUAGAAUCUAUGAUGGAAUCUGGUAAAGUUUUGGAUGGUACUGUAGCUGCUGAAAACUCAAAAAUACAGCAUAUAUGGAAUUUACGUGAACGUGUUGCGGAAGGUCUGAUGCAUGAUGGGUACUGCUAUAAGUACGACGUGUCUUUGCCAUUGGAGAACUUCUAUGGUCUAGUCAGUGAUAUGAGGGACAGGUUAGGUGACAAAGUCACUCGAGUUGUUGGUUAUGGUCAUGUUGGUGAUGGCAAUUUGCAUCUAAAUGCAACAACACCAGAGUAUAAUACAGAAGUCAUGGAGUUAAUUGAACCAUUUGUUUAUGACUGGGUGGCAAAAUACAGGGGCAGUAUAAGCGCUGAACAUGGUUUAGGUUUCAAGAAAAGACAAUUUAUCUAUCACAGCAAGUCGCGGUCAGCAGUCACUGUCAUGAAGAAUAUUAAAGGAAUAUUUGACCCUAAGGGAAUUAUGAAUCCCUAUAAGACUUUACCUGA